GGAAGCGAAAAUGAGUUACCUACUACCGACGCUGACGACGAAGAAAGAAGUAGACACGAUCAUCCGGGACACCAUAGACAAGGUCCUGGUCCUUCGCUUCGGCCGUGCCGCCGACACCGUCUGUCUCCAACUGGACGACAUCCUUGCCAAGACGGCGCGUGAGGUUUCCAAAUUCGCGACGGUGGCUUUAGUCGACGUAGAUUCCGAGGAUGUUCAGGUUUACGUUAAGUAUUUCGAUAUCACUUUGAUUCCUUCGACUGUUUUCUUCUUCAAUGCUCACCAUAUGAAGAUGGAUUCUGGGACCGCGGAUCACACGAAAUGGGUGGGUGCAUUUCAUGAAAAGCAGGACUUCAUCGAUGUCGUAGAGGCAAUAUUUAGGGGAGCCAUGAAAGGCAAGCUGAUUGUUAAUUGCCCUCUACCCCCAGAGCGAAUACCGAAAUAUCAGUUGCUAUACAAGGAUGUAUAACUUUUUAGGUCUUGACAUGGAUCAUGUGAGACAACCAGUUGUUUUCAUCAUGUAUCCCACCAUUAUAGUUUGGAGAUUAUCGUUGAUCCCACUGAUGAAUCAUUUCAGUUCAAAUAAGGGAAUGGAACAUCGCGCUUCAUCCAGAGAGAAAAAGUAUCAGUUAAAACCAAUACCAUCAUUCAAGCAAAGAACCAAAGUCGACAUUAGGGGUGUAACUAAUGAAGAAAAAUGACUCUUCUGUCUCCUAGUUUUUAUCUUGCUUAGCUAAACUUAAUUCUACAAGAAUGAUUCAAAAACUCACAAGCUAGUGAAGUUCUAUCCAAAACUUGUCACUGACUUAUAUCUGGUGAUUGAAGUUUUUGCACGGUUACUCUGCUGCAUCUUCUAAUGAGAAAUUUUGUCUGUAUUU